AGGUAUUUUUAAUGAACGUGCUGUCUUCCGUUCGUCGCCCAAUGUUGUCGACUGGGAGCCGCGGAUCCGGAUGUCGGUUCCGCCUUCGUCGUAGCAUCCACCCCAGGAUUUCCAGCACCGCUCGCCGUGUAUUCUUUUCCACAAGUCGAAAAUGUCCUCAAAUCUUGUAGUGAUGAGAAAGAUCGUACAGCAGCUUCGUUUCGAGGCGAGCAUAAAUCGAGUGAAGGUUUCCCAGGCAGCUGCAGAGCUUCAACAGUUCUGCAUACAGAACGCCUUACACGACCCUCUGCUCACCGGCGUGUCCUCCAGCACCAACCCCUUCAGGCCGCAGAAGGUCUGCUCCUUCUUAUGAAACUACUCACUGGCCUUCAUUUUGAUUCUACAGGGAAAAGUUGACCUCAACACUGCUCCUCAUGCCAAGCCAUUAUACUGCCACAGGAUCUCUCGAGUGUAGAACUCAUUUUCAGGAUGGUGACCAUCUAUUUUCAGCCACAGUAGAAGAAAGGAGGCGGUUUUAUUUUUCACGGCACAGUGUGAUUUUUAAGUAAAUUUAUUGUGCCUUUUCUAUUUGUGCUAUUUUAGUCAUAACUGUUUUUGUAUUUAAUGAAUAAAACAUUCUUUACUAUUA